AAUUUUCAAUAUAUAGACACUCAACUAUUAUUGCUCCAUCGUCUCUUUCACUACACAUCCAAUAAAAAUGGCUACUGAAGGGAAAACCCCCAUCAACAUUAACACAAUGUCUUCAACUCUUCAGAGAACAGGUCAAUGGGUUUUCUCACAAGAUAUUCCGACAGAUGUUGUAGUUGAAGUCGGAGAAGCUAAUUUCUCUCUUCAUAAGUUCAUGCUAGUGGCGAAGAGCAACUACAUAAGGAAGCUAAUAAUGGAAUCCAAAGACAGUGACGUGACGAGAAUAGAUCUCUCGGAUAUCCCCGGAGGUGCUGAGAUGUUCGAGAAAGCUGCUAAAUUCUGUUACGGUGUUAGCUUUGAAAUCACCGUCCAGAACGUGGCGGCUCUUCAAUGCGCCGCUGAGUUUCUUCAGAUGACUGACAAGUACUGCGACAACAACCUCGCUGGUCGGACACAAGACUUCCUUUCUCAGGUCGCUCUCUCUAGCCUCUCCGGAGCCAUCGUGGUCCUCAAGUCUUGCGAGAUACUCCUUCCUAUUUCUCGUGAUCUUGGUAUUGUCCGCCGUUGUGUGGACGUUGUCGGUACUAAGGCUUGCGACGAGGCAAUGUUACCGUGCCGAUCACCACCGAACUGGUGGACAGAGGAGCUCUGUAUCUUAAACAUCAACUUCUUGGCCGACGUCUUAGCUUCCAUGAAGCAGAAGGGCCUCAAGCCAUCUUCCUUAGCCUCCGCAAUCAUCACCUACACCGAGAGAUCCUUAAGAGACCUCGUCAGAGACCAUUCCGGCAGAGGAGUCAAGUUUUCCGAUCCCGAGAACAACGACUCCGAGGAGAGAACUCAACAGAGACAUCUCGUGGAAUCAAUCGUCUCUCUCUUACCUUCAGACAAAGGACUUUUCCCGAUCAACUUCCUCUGUUCUCUCCUCCGUUGCGCCGUCUUCUUGAACACUUCACUCGCAUCCAAGAACGAAGUCGAGAAAAGAAUCUCCGCCGUUCUUGAACACGUCACCGUCGAUGAUCUCUUGGUACCUUCUUUCACCUACGACGGCGAGAGACUAUUAGAUCUAGACAGCGUCAGAAGAAUCAUCUCUGCUUUCGUCGAAAAGGAGAAAAGCAAAAAAGGGUUAUGUUCUGUCUCGCUACAAAGAGUUGCGAAGACCGUUGACUCCUACUUAGCAGAGAUCGCUACUUGCUUGGAGCUCACGGUAUCCAAGUUCAACGCGAUAGCAAACCUAGUUCCCAAGUCCGCUAGAAAGUCAGAAGACGAUCUUUAUAGAGCGGUAGACAUCUUCUUGAAAGCUCAUCCGAGCCUAGGCGAGAUCGAAAGAGAGAAAGUUUGUAGCUUAAUGGAUCCUCUCAAGCUUUCUUGCGAUGCACGUCUUCAUGCUUCGCAGAACAAGAGGUUACCAGUGAACAUCGUUCUUCACGCUCUUUACUACGAUCAGUUAAAGCUAAGAAGCGAGGUUGAAGACAAAGAAGGAACACCAGUUAUAGUCCCUGAGGCUUUAGGGACACGUGAUAGUUCGUUGGCUAAAGAGAACGAAGAUUUGAGGAGUGAGCUGAUGAAGAUGAAGAUGUAUGUUUCGGAUCUACAAAAUAAUGUUGCAGCAGGAGCUUCUUCUUCGAAUGCACCGAGUAAUAAGAAGAACAGCAAACAUACUUUCUUCUCGUCUGUUUCGAAGAAGCUGGGGAAGUUGAAUCCAUUUAGACAUGGGUCUAAGGAUACUUCUAAUAUUGAUGAGGAUCUUGAUGGUGUUGAUAUUACAAAGCCAAGAAGACGAAGAUUCUCAAUAUCUUAAGGAAACGUUUGAUCAGUAACUUUUGAGUUUUGUGUGUGUGUGUGUCUGUGUGUUUGUAAGUCAAUUUGAAAGAGAGCUAGUUAGUAAUCACUUUUUCUUUGUAAAGAGAAACUUUCAUUAUUAUUUUGUUAUAGUAUUUUGUGAAAUAAACUAAACAUAAAUCUUAUACA